AUUUCACGUGCGUACCAUAGUAGCAUCACCGCUAGUACCUUCCAGUGUCAAUAAUUGCCUGAGAAAACUGCGGAAGCGUUAAGAUCCGACCGCAUACCUUUGGAGCGUGCAUUGCGGAACCAUGCUCCAAACGAGGAUCUUCGUUGUUUCUGCUUUGGCGGUACUUGCUGCGGUGAUACAGUGCGACGUGUUCGAUAAGUACUGCGGGCUGGGGUGCAACGAUGAGGUGCAUACUGUUUGCUUGAGGAGGAAUCAGAGCUGCGGUCCCGAUCCAGAAUGCGGUGCUGAGUUCCGGAAAGUAAAAUUUUCCGAACCAGAGAAGAAGUUCAUCCUUGACAUCCACAACCAUCUAAGAAAUUACGUGGCUAACGGAAUCGAAAGGAGGGGAACUGGUCAACCACCUGCUAGUAACAUAAAUGCACUGACAUAUAACGAAGAACUGGAGUUCAUAGCACAGUGCUGGGUGAAUAGAUGUAGAAGAGAGUUAGCACACGACAAAUGCAGAAAAACAUCGACCUUUCCUCUGGUAGGUCAAAACCUAGCUUCGGUGAGUACCACAUCUCGUAACAUUGACAUAGUCAAGGAGGUCAGGAGGAUGAUAACAGGCUGGUACGAGGAAGUGACUAUGUUCAAUAGCACUGAUAUCAAAGAUAUAAAACCAGAUGGCAGAGUCGGACACUACCUCCAGCUGGUAUGGGCGAACACGAGAAUGGUAGGAUGCGCAGCUUCCACAUGGACAACCGUAGAAGGCAGAACAAAAUGGCGGCAUCUCAUGUUCGCCUGUAACUAUGGGCCAGCAGGGAACAUACUUAAUACGGCUGUUUACGAAGUCGGCAAGCCUGGAGCGAAAUGCCUCGCUGGGAAGAGGCAUCCGAUGUAUAGGUCUCUUUGUGUGUAUUGAGACAAGAGAUAUUGAUAAGAUUAGUACCGCACGAAAUUCAUAAAGUGCCCUCCUGAAUCUUGCAAUAGACAAUUUUUUCGGCAGAUGACAAAGAAGGAGUAUGUGUUGCUUGAAAAUACUUACUUUUUAUUCGUUAUUGACCAGAUUUUUCCAACACCGUCUUAAAAUAAAAUAACUUAAUAGAAGUGGCGGCACAAUGGCUAUCGAUGACAAAAAUAACUUGAAUAAAAUUCGAUUGUCGCAUGGGAGAAUAUGUCGCAAACGAGGUUUUCUUCGAUUUGACAGCCGGAUGAAAAUUAUUUCUUAUGAAAAAGAAUGUGACAAAAAGUGACGCCGAAAAAAAAUCGUGGACAGAAAAUUAUUACUCAAAUAUUGAAAAAUCAGGAUGAUGCCAUUGCCCACCCUGUUGGUAUAAUUUUAUAUAAUAGGCACCGUGCAUUUUCAAACGUUUUGAAUUUUGUAUAAAUAUUUAUAAUAUAUACUGGGUGAUUUACAAGUCGUGUCUAAAAGUAAAACAUCAUGUACAGGACCGCAUUUUAAGAGGGGUCUUCCAUGUAAUAUUUUGGCUUCAUUAAAAAGAUACGGGGUGUUGAAGUUUAAAAAUAUUUUUUUCUAAUAUCUUCAAAACCGUCAACUGGAAUGAACUAAAAUUUGGUAUGUGGAUUUACCUAAGUAUUCCCCACAUUCAAAAGACGUUACUUAAAUACACGUGCACGCCACUGUUUUUUCGAAACGCAAUUUUAUAAUUUGCUACAAAUAACUACUCUUGUUUUUUUUCCUGAAGUGCAUUGUUUUCGUAAAAAUUAAAAAAGCAACUAAUUAGAUAAUCAAAGCUUCAUUUCAAUAAAUGUUCAAAUCAACAGUAUUAAUUUGUUCAGAAUACACGAGUUCUCUAAACGAGUCCCCCAAGUUACUAGAGUUACUAUGUAUACAGUGUGAGUCUUCAUGAAGUGCACAUAGCAAAAUCAAGGAAACUACACCUUAUUUUAUUGACGGAAAAAUUAUCAAAAAAAAAUUAAAGACAAUAAUUGAUUUUUUAUGAAUAUUUUAAAAUUCGAGUCAGCUGCUAACCCUAUUUAAAUAAAUCGUUACAACUUUUAAACUGAAUGUCCUAUCAUAUUGGAAUAAAUUUUGUAGUGAUUGCAAAUAAUAGGCCGUACCAGUAAGUGAAAAUGUCCACGAAAUUAAAUGCUAUAAAUUUAAAAUAAAGAGGAAUAUGCUGAAACUCACUAUUUUUGCAAUGAUUUUUAAAACAAUUGCUAAAUUUCAAUAAAA